CGGGAAAGGAAGGGAAGGCUGGAGGGGAAGGGCGGGCGCCCGGGGCGGUCGUUGGGGCGCGGCCUCCCGGUCCCGCUCGGGCUUGGCGAGUAUGGGCACUCCGCGCCGGCUCCUGCACGCUUGGGCGACCCUGCAUUCCUGCACACGUGGGUGGGGUGCACCUGCCCUCCCGAGGGGACCCCUGAUGCUUCCGGCGGCUCCAAGUCGGAGACUAGGAGGACCUUGUCCUUUUAGGCGUAGAGACCUGGCCUCAGUCCAGCGGUUUUCGAUCAAGGGGUGCCAACACGGAUCUCCUCAGCCAGAGUCAUAGUACACGUGGAUCUGGAUUGCUUCUAUGCCCAAGUAGAAAUGAUCUCCAAUCCAGAAUUAAAGGACAAACCUUUAGGUGUUCAGCAGAAAUACUUGGUGGUUACUUGCAACUAUGAAGCCAGGAAACUUGGAGUUAAGAAGCUUAUGAGUGUCAGAGAUGCAAAAGAAAAGUGUCCCCAGCUGGUCCUCGUGAAUGGAGAAGAUUUGAGCCGCUACAGAGAGAUGUCAUAUAAAGUCACAGAAUUGUUGGAGGAAUUUAGUCCAGUUGUUGAGAGACUUGGAUUUGAUGAAAAUUUUGUGGAUCUAACGGAAAUGGUUGAGAAAAGACUCCAGCAGCUUCCAAGAGAUGAGAUUCCGUCCGUGACCGUGUCGGGCCAUGUUUACAAUAACCAGGCUGUAAACCUGCAUAACAUCACCCACGUGAGACUGGCGGUGGGAUCGCAGAUUGCGGCAGAGAUGCGCGAAGCCAUGUUUAGCCAGCUGGAGCUCACUGGCUGCGCUGGAGUGGCUCCCAAUAAGCUACUGGCCAAGUUAGUUUCCGGUGUGUUUAAACCAAAUCAGCAAACAGUCUUACUGCCUGAAAGCUGUCAAGAUCUCAUUCACAAUUUGAACCACAUAAAGGAGAUACCCGGUAUUGGCUAUAAAACCGCCAAACGUCUUGAAGUGCUGGGAAUCAAUAGUGUGCACGAUCUCCAGACCUUUCCAAUCAAAAUGUUAGAGAUGGAAUUAGGAAUCUCAGCUGCUCAGCGCAUCCAGAAGCUCAGUUUUGGAGAGGACAGUUCCCCUGUCACACCCUCAGGCCCCCCUCAGUCCUUUAGUGAAGAAGAUACAUUUAAAAAGUGUUCCUCAGAAGCUGAAGCUAAAACUAAGAUUGAAGAACUACUCUCCAGCUUUUUGAACAGAGUGUGCCAUGAUGGAAGGAAGCCCCAUACAAUAAGAUUAGUCAUCCGUCGGUAUUCUCUGAAACACUGUAACCGCGAGAGUCGUCAGUGCCCGAUUCCCUCCCAUGUCAUUCAGAAGCUGGGGACAGGAAAUUAUGAUGCGGUGACUCCUCUGGUUGACAUCCUUAUGAAACUCUUCCGAAAUAUGGUGAACGUGAAGCUGCCAUUUCACCUGACUCUUCUCAGUGUGUGCUUCUGCAACCUGAAAGCACUGAGUGCCGCUAAGAAGGGGCCCAUGGAUUUCUAUUUAACAUCGUCCCAGUCAACCACGGCCCACUCCGGCAAGCGCAGUUUUAAAGUUAAAGACACCCACAAUGACGACGUUUACAAAGAAAAAGAGGCAAACUCGGAGCGUCUACCAAGUAGAAGAAUUGAGAGUUCAAGAGCCGGGGAGUCUCCAUCAGAUGCUCCGCGUGUUUCUAAAGACAGAGACACGAGUGACUUUCCCCUCCCGGCACUUCCUGAGGGUGUUGACCAUGAAGUCUUUAAGCAACUUCCAGCAGACAUUCAAGAAGAAAUCCUGUCUGUGAAAUCUGGAGAAAAUCUUCAAGGGAAAGGAAGUUUAAGCUGUCCACUGCAUGCCUCGAGAGGAGUACUGUCUUUCUUCUCUUCAAAGCAAAGGCAAGCUGGUUCCUUAAGCCCCAGAGAUACUAUGUUCACUGGCAAGCAGGUUUCAGCUGUGUCUCCCUGUGAGCAAGGAACGUCAGGCUUGAGUACCAGCACCUCCCACCCACCCUGUGGAAAGGAUUGUUCCUAUUAUAUAGAUAAUCGCUUAAAAGAUGAGCGCACGAGCCAAGGACCUAGAGAGUCUCAAGGAUUCCACUUUUCCAAUACAAAUCCCGCUGUUUCAGUUUUUCAUUCAUUUCCAAAUUUGCAGAGUGAACAACUUUUCUCCAAACACCGCCCGGCAGACAGCCCCAGGCAGACAGUUGCCACCACCUCUCAUCAAGGACUAGGAGAGAACAGAGAGCAAGAUUCCGCUGAUGACAGAAUGUCUUUCCCACCUGACAUUGAUCCUCAGGUUUUCUAUGAGCUACCAGAAGAGGUCCAGAGGGAACUGAUGGAGGAGUGGAAGAAGGCAGGAGCCGAUUUCCAAUCUGUACACAAAUAAGCAUGUUCAGGAAGAGGCCCAGGAAGCAAGGGAGGCAUCGUUCUCAGAUUAGUUUUCCAUAAGCUCUUCUUAAUUAAACACUAAUGUUCGAUGAUGCAGAAAUCCUAGUAUAAGAUGUUCCAGACAAAGCAGGAAUGGGUGCAAGAAGUAAGUUCUAGUGUAAAGGGGAAAAAUAUCCAUAAUGUGAUAAAAAUGCUAUCUUCCUGUUAUUUCUACAGCUGUUUUAUACCAUUUUCAAAUAAAAAAAUAUCAUGUUCAA